UUUUAUUAUUAAAUACUGGAAAAAUAAACCCACCGACGAGACGACCAAGCAGGCUUCCAUUUCCAAAUCCCAAAUCCGCGUUUGCUAAAGAAUGAAGAGCUAAUAAGCUAAAAGGCUUUGUGCCUUGAGCUGAAGAAAAGAAACAAUUAAACCAUUCAUUAAUCUCAAUUAUUAUUGUUAUUAUUAUUAUUAGUGCUGUUUCUUCCUUUCCAUGUAUCAAUAAAUACACACAAUCACUACUGAACUCCGAUCUCAACUCAAUCUUCCAAAAAAGAAAACAGAUCAAAUGGCGCGUAUGUCGCAUUUGACUCUGCUGAUCUUUAUCUUCCCUCUUCUACUUCACUCGGCUCACUCCAAAACCCUGAAGCGCGACGUGAAGGCUUUGAAUGAGAUAAAAGCAUCACUUGGAUGGAGAGUAGUGUACGCAUGGGUCGGUGAUGAUCCUUGUGGUGAUGGCGAUCUGCCUCCGUGGUCUGGUGUCACUUGUUCUACUCAAGGCGAUUAUAGAGUUGUUACGGAAUUGGAAGUUUAUGCAGUUUCAAUUGUGGGUCCAUUUCCUACUGCUGUUACCAAUUUGUUGGAUCUCACUAGAUUGGAUCUCCAUAACAACAAAUUGACAGGGCCUAUUCCUCCACAGAUUGGGCGGUUGAAGCGUCUUAAGAUACUUAAUUUGAGGUGGAAUAAGUUACAAGAUGUGAUUCCUCCUGAAAUUGGUGAACUCAAGAGUCUAACCCAUCUAUAUCUGAGUUUCAAUAAUUUCAAAGGUGAAAUCCCUAAGGAGCUAGCAAAUCUUCCCGAACUUCGGUAUCUUUAUCUACAUGAGAAUCGCUUUUCUGGACGAAUUCCUGCUGAAUUGGGGACUUUGCAGAAUCUUCGGCACUUGGAUGUUGGCAACAAUCAUUUAGUAGGUACUAUAAGGGAAUUAAUACGUUUUGAGGGUUGUUUCCCUGCACUUCGAAACCUUUACCUAAACAAUAAUUACCUCACUGGAGGAGUCCCUGCACAACUUUCAAACUUGACGAAUCUAGAGAUAUUGCAUCUAUCAUAUAAUAAGAUGUCGGGAAUUAUACCUGCUGCAAUUGCUCAUAUUCCUAAAUUGACUCACUUGUACUUGGAUCACAAUCAAUUUUCAGGGAGAAUUCCUGAUGCCUUCUAUAAACAUCAAUUCUUGAAAGAAAUGUACAUUGAAGGAAAUGCAUUCAAGCCCGGGGUAAACCCAAUAGGAGUCCAUAAAGUCCUUGAAGUCUCUGACGCAGAUUUCAUAGUUUAGUAGAUUACAAUAUAUUCUUUAAUCAUUUGAUAUUGUGGUUAUACUGGCUGUUUCUAGGCUAUAUUUAUUUGUGAAUGAAAAUGGGAAAUCCCAAUAGCUCUGCAGAAAGGUUUGUCAAUCAAUGGAUUUAGCUCCCUCUUUCUCUC